UGGCAGCCACACUUAAUUCGCCUUUCGAACUGAACGAACGUGCCGCGGCAUCUGCAAUUUCCCGUGCAUUUCCACUUGCAUUUUGUGUGUUUCACUUUGUUGCGUGUGUGCCAGUUUUCUAUUUAAUUGUUACCAAGCGUCCAAUAAGCGACUAAAACAGCAAGAUGAUCUCCAACUUUGAUUGCACCGAUAAUCAGGCCAGCAGCAAGGUGCUGAGGCCUCCGGGCGGCGGAUCGAGCGACAUCUUUGGAUCGGAGAUGCCGCAGACCCCCAGGAACGUGAAGAAUCGCAUGGCGUCCAACAUAUUCGCGGCCGAGAAAGAUAAUGGAGUAAAAAACAACGUACGACAAGGAGCUCACAGAUUCUAUUUCAUUGGUGAUGCACCACGUCGCGGCCAGAAGACCGUCGACUCCCACAAUCGGCUGUUUGGGGAGCCCGCCCGCCCGAUCACCCCCGGCAAGAAUCACAUGAAGAGCAGCAUUCCCUUUGGCCAGAACACAGAGGCCGUCGCCUCCGCCCAGAAGCUGCUGACCACCAAUGGCCACUACAACGGCAAGAGCGGAUCGGUGUCCUCGGCCUCGUCUUCGGUGUCGUCCUCCACCGAGAACCUCAAGAUGAACAGUGGCUCGAGAUCAGUCUUCCGCAAUAUGAGCACAGCAGCAGCAGGACCAGACACCAAAGAAACAUCUCAACGCGAAUCCUUGUGUCCCCCAUCACCGGUCCCUAUCGAAGUACCAACCCCACCGGCUGACGGCCAGCCCAUUGACAAUUCGUGCCGAGAUAGCGAAGUAGGAGACGUGCCGGCCGAUAACAGCACAUACACCAAGUCCGACCAGGUGAACGAGGCCUGUCAAACUCGCCGAGACUCGGGAAAUAAUCCCGAACUUCCUCACUCGCUGGACCAGAUGGCUGGCGUGGCCAAUGUAAAGGAGCCCCUCGGGCUCUGUCCAAACGAAGUUAAAGAAGACGCGCAGGCGUGCUCCAAACUCGAUUCUCGCAAUCCGAUCACGGGCCUUGGUCUCAACGGAGAUGGUGUUGGCGGUCUCAAGCCCAAGAAGCUCAAGAUUCGAGAGGGCAACCCCGUCACAGGCGAGGGCUACAAGGCCGGAGGCAACGACUUUCACCACCGCCAGGAGUCAAACAAUGGCGGCACUCCGGUGAUCAACAAGAACCGCAUUCCCCCAGGCGGCUACUCGUCGGGACUCUGGUAAUGACAGCCGGAAUUGCUCAGAUCCCAGCACAAGCAAUGAGAGGGGGCCGAUGGCGGGACGAGACACCAUAAGAAAAACCAACAAAAGCUAAAAAAAAAAAUCAUACUACACAUAUAAUAUUACGCAUAACCCUACCCGCAUCCGUAUCCAAGGAAAACAGCUCAGAAAAUCGAAAGGCAGGCGGGAAAGGAGGAUGGCCAACGAAUAAUUAAGCGAGAGAAUAACAAUUGCUCAACGAUCCUGAAGAUGCAAUAAUGAGCGUCCCAGCUGUACACGCCGACGAGAAUUAAUCAACCACUUUUAGAGGGCGUCGUUGCACCCAAAACCUAUCACUACCAACCACCACAACACCACCACCCCAUUGCAAAUCUGUAAUUUAAAUUCCUUAGUUGGUGUAACUCCAUGAAACGCGUGUAGUCUCCAUAAAAAAAAAAAAACGCCCACGUUGGAGCAUCCGAUCCCCUGCCCGCUGCACUUGCGUAUUAUAUAUGAUAUUCCGGUUAGGUGGGACACACACCUACAUUAUCACCGCGGCGGUGUGUGCGUACGUGUGUGCGUGUGUGUGUGAGAGAGGGAGCGGGAAGCAAGGGUGCAAGCGGUGGCAGACGGAUGGGGGGUCCUUCAAUCACACCUGGAUUUUAUUUUAGUUGCUACUACACGCCACAUAUAUUUAUAUUUAUACCAACCGCAUUCACACGAACACUCACGAGAACACAUACAUUAUAAACAUUGUAUUACAUUACAUUAAAUAUGUAAUUUAAACGGUACGCCAGCACUUUCUAAUGUGCACGUACUAAUUAAGUGUAAAAAUACAAAAUUCAAGCGCGAAUAUUUGUUCAAUAAAAACCUUUCGUACAUAA